AUCCUAGGUAAAGGGUUUAUCAGUUUUUGGUCACUACUGCCGUUGCAAGGUUUCUCUGACAGAGAGAGAGAUGGAGUUCGCGAAGAGGAAGGCGGCAACUUUAGCGAUAUUGGGCUCUUCAGCGACGGAUAAAUCACCGAAAGGAAGUCUCGACGAACCCAUCAUCCCUCUCCUCGACACCAUCAACCAUCACCCUUCGUACUUCACCACCAGCUCCUGCUCCGGCCGAAUCUCCAUCCUUUCUCAGCCCAAAUCUCCAUUGAAUUCGUCUACAAAGAAGAAAGCCGCCGGAGGCUCGUGGGUCUUCAUCACCCACGACCGGGCCGAUCCAGACUCGGUGCUUCCCCUCCUUUUCCCAACUCAGUCAACUCGGGUCGACCGACUUCACCAGACCAGCGAGUUAGUCUUCCGGUUCGAGCCGUUGAUCAUUGCCGUGGAAUGCAAAGACUUGUGUUCUGCUCAGUUUCUUGUGUCGACGGCUAUAGCCGCCGGGUUCAGGGAAUCAGGGAUCACCUCUUGCGGUGAUGGCAAAAGGGUAAUUAUUGCUAUACGAUGCUCGAUAAGAAUGGAGGUUCCUCUGGGAGAUACCCACAAGCUUAUGGUCUCGCCUGAGUACGUGAGGUUCCUCGUUGACAUUGCCAAUGAGAAAAUGGAAGCCAAUAGGAAACGAACUGAUGGGUUUCUUCUAGCCUUGCGAAGUAAUGGUUUCACGGGUCCUGGGAUAAAUCUGGGUGAGAAUGAACUAGCCGAGGAUGCGAGCCAUGUCGAGGUUGAUAUCAAUGAUAAUUACGAGAAUCAAGUCGGAAAUCAUGAUUCGGGCAUCGAUAAUGGCGGCUUGCAUCAUGGGCUGCAACAAGAUUGUGUUCCGCUCUCUACAUUGUCCAUUAAUGGAGAACCUGUUGAGAAGCUCCGCCUUUGGGGUCAUUCAGCUUGCGCUAUAGAUAAAAAAGAACGGAAAGAAAUUAUUGUGUUUGGCGGAUUUGGGGGUUUAGGUAGACAUGCUCGAAGAAACGAGACUUUAUUGCUCGACCCUGCAUUUGGUACGUUGAAGGUUAUUGCUACUAAGGAUUCUCCGUCACCACGACUUGGCCAUGCAGCUUGUAUGGUUGGAGAUUGCAUGUUUGUCAUUGGAGGAAGGGCUGAUCCCUUGAAUGUUCUGAAUGAUCUGUGGGUUUUUGAUGUGCCCAAGUGUGAAUGGAGAUUGCAGACAUGUAGUGGUUGUGAGUUCCCUCCAAGGCAUCGGCAUGCAGCUGCUGCUAUUGGUUCAAAAAUAUACGUUUUUGGUGGUCUUAACAACAGUGGAGUAUCUUCCUCCUUGCAUCUCUUUGAUACAGAUGGCCUUCAGUGGAAAGAAAUAGACCAGCAAGGUCAAUGGCCCUGUCCACGCCAUUCUCAUGCAAUGGUUGCAUAUGAGUCUCGGUUAUUCUUGUUUGGAGGGUAUGACGGGGAAAAGGCACUCAACGACUUGUACAGCUUUGAUGUCCGAAACUGUACUUGGAAAACCGAAAUGGUGUCUGGAAAAUGGCCUUGUGCCCGGUUUUCUCACUCGAUGUUUGUUUACAAGCAUUUCAUCGGUGUAAUUGGUGGUUGUCCGGUUUCACAGAACUGUCAAGAGUUUACACUGCUAGACAUGAAGCACCGGGUUUGGCGGAGUGUGACCCUAGAUUUUUUGAAUCGAGAAUUGUUUGUACGUAGUACCGCAAGUGUUCUUGGUGAUGAUCUUAUUGUAAUUGGAGGAGGGGCUGCUUGCUAUGCUUUUGGGACCAAGUUUAGUGAGCCUGUGAAGAUUAACUUGCUUCAAGCAGUGACUAUGAGCGAAAGUCUUGCUGUUUCCGGAAAUCAUGCUUCUCCUGUGGAAGAUCCUUCUAGAAGGGAGGAUAUAAGCUGUAAAGAUUUGAAGACCGAAAUCUCUUCGUCUCAACCGUGGGUGAUACAACUGGAAAGAAAGUAUGCAAAGUUUGGAAAGGACCUCCUCAAACGAUUCAGGUGGCUAGAUCUCGAGAGAAAAGUUAAUUCACAUGACAACGGCUUGUAUAUCUGCUUUCCCGUGACUGAAAAGUUUUCUCGACUUUUCCAUGAAAAGCAGCUCAUGGGGAGUGACUUGAAAGGGUCGGGGGAUUGCGUUCUCACCAGAGAACUCACUCUGGGGCUUUCUCUGAACGAUGUAUCCAGCACCAUGGCUUUGAAUCUGCUCAAAGAACAUGGUGCUAGAAAAUCCGUCGAUGUGACAGCCGAAGCAAGAAACCUUGCCAAAUCCCCCUUACAGAGGAUGAAAGAAGCCAUAACAUGUAUUAUUGAACAGAAAGGCCUACCAAACAAGCUUUUGGAAGAGCUGCCUCCGAGAUGGGAACGGCUCGGGGAUAUUGUUGUGCUUCCCAUUACAUCCUUUAGAGAUCCAGUUUGGAGCUCUAUCGGUGAUGAAGUUUGGCCUGCUGUUGCUAAAUCGUUAAAUGCCAACCGUCUUGCCCGCCAAGGCCGAAUUGCAUCAACAGGUACAAGGGAUAGUACAUUGGAGAUUCUUGUGGGAGAUAAUGGAUGGGUCGAUCACCGUGAAAACGGGGUUAUUUACUCUUUUGAUGCUACGAAAUGCAUGUUUUCGUGGGGUAAUCUCUCGGAAAAGCUCCGAAUGGGUAAUCUGGACUGCCAAAAUGAAGUUGUUGUUGACUUGUUUGCUGGAAUCGGAUAUUUCGUGCUCCCAUUCCUAGUCAGGGCAAAAGCUAAGUUAGUAUAUGCUUGCGAAUGGAAUCCCCAUGCUUUUGAGGCCCUAAGGCGUAAUAUUGAAGCAAACUCUGUUUCUGACCGUUGCAUUGUUCUUGAAGGGGACAAUCGGAUUACUGCACCUAAAGGAGUUGCGGACAGAGUCUGUCUUGGCCUCAUUCCAACGAGCGAAGGGAGCUGGGUCACUGCUGUCCAGGCACUACGGCCGGAGGGAGGGGUACUCCACGUGCAUGGGAACGUCAAGGACUCAGAUGAAAGCCUUUGGUGCCAACAUGUGUCUGAAUCCAUAAACCAAAUCGCUAUAGCCGAAGGUCGUAGCUGGGAAGUCACAGUGGAACACAUUGAGAAGGUGAAAUGGUACGCUCCUCGUAUUCGCCAUCUUGUUGCGGACGUGAGAUGCAAGCGACUUGCAGGGACUGCCCUUGCAUUGUAAUAUCUUAAACUGGAAAACCGGAACGAUAAACCGGUUUCUGCGACAUGAACUAACCGCUAAACGGGCAGUCUGUACCGAUCGAUAUCUCUCUCGUGUAUCUUUUUGUAUUACACAAUAACGUCUUGACCGUGUUAUAUUUGUGCUUGACUUAUUGUCCUGCACAUUAAUGGCCACGUAGGACGACUGACAGCGAAGUUAUAACCA